ACCUAAAUUAUUACCUCGGUUGUGCGUCGUUUAUCCGUGGAUUUCUCUUUUGUGGUGCCAUAAAGAUGUCAAAGGCCAUAACUUCUGUGAGAUUGCUGGUAAACAUGCUAAGCCAACUCAAAUACAUGUUUAUUGUGAUACUCACUCGGCUGGGUCUCUCUAAACCACAAGAAGAGAACUUUUAUUCAGGGGAGCUUAGCAAUACCACCACAGCCACAGCCAACAACAACAAUUAUGUGCUCAUGUUGGAUUGGUCAUCACUAGUCCCGGUCCCAGUCCCAGUUCCCCUGGUAACAGCAUUCAUCAAGAAACAGAUACCUGUAAUACAGUUCGGCAAUUUCCUGGAGAGAAGAAGAGAAGAUGGUAAGGAUGAAGCUGUGGAGAAGGACGUGAGCUGUGCAGUGUGUUGGGAUUGCAUUAAUAGGCGGCAUGAGAUGAGGGAUCUGUGCAACUGCAGUCAUGUGUUUCACAGAGAUUGCUUGGAUAGAUGGAUGGAUGAAGGUAGGGUCACUUGCCCUUUGUGCAGAUCUAUGCUUCUUCCUCCUAACACCAAUCCAUGGAUGGUACUUAGGCAUGCUCCUCACUUGUCUCAACAAGAUCAGAUCGCCCCAAUUACCUAACUUGCUUGGUAUCAAUGGGAUUCAUCUUACUUCUGCAAUUUUGUGGAUUUAUCUUAUCUACGAGCAAUCAAACGGGAUUCAUCUGGCUUGGCCAUUGGGCUCCCCAGAUUUAGUUUCUCACUUUUUACUCUGUAAUUAUUUAGUUAUCCCUUGUUUGUAGUGUUCUGUGUGUAACUUUGGUUAAGCCCAAAGAUCCCAUUAUGGAGGAGGGCUGCACUUUUCAGUGCAUUUUUGCAGGAAUUUGCAGAUAUAUUUCUUAUACUCUCUCAACUAA